CUCCGCGGAUCCGGAUCAGAUCAGACCGGGGACACCGAGACCGGAACGGACCGAAGACAUGAGGGAGAUAGUCCACAUCCAGGCGGGACAGUGCGGGAACCAGAUCGGAACCAAGUUCUGGGAAGUGAUCAGUGACGAACACGGCAUUGACCCGACGGGAAACUAUGUGGGUGACUCGCUUCUUCAGCUGGACAGAGUCAACGUCUACUACAAUGAGGCUUCCUCUCAUAAAUACGUCCCCCGGGCAGUUCUGGUUGAUCUGGAACCAGGAACCAUGGACAGUGUUCGAUCGGGAGCCUUUGGACAACUCUUCAGACCAGACAACUUCAUCUUUGGUCAAACAGGUGCCGGCAACAACUGGGCCAAAGGUCACUACACGGAGGGGGCGGAGCUUGUGGAUUCGGUCCUGGACGUGGUGAGGAAGGAGUGUGAGCACUGCGACUGCCUCCAGGGCUUCCAGCUGACUCACUCUCUGGGGGGGGGCACUGGCUCAGGAAUGGGGACCCUCCUCAUCAGCAAGAUCCGGGAGGAGUACCCCGACCGGAUCAUGAACACCUUCAGCGUCAUGCCCUCGCCUAAGGUUUCGGACACCGUGGUGGAGCCGUACAACGCCACCCUGUCCGUCCACCAGCUCGUGGAAAACACCGACGAGACGUACUGCAUCGACAACGAGGCCCUUUACGACAUCUGCUUCCGCACGCUGAAGCUGACCACGCCCACCUACGGCGACCUCAACCACCUGGUGUCAGCCACCAUGAGCGGCGUCACCACUUCGCUCCGUUUCCCGGGGCAGCUCAACGCCGACCUCCGUAAACUGGCCGUCAACAUGGUGCCCUUCCCCCGCCUCCACUUCUUCAUGCCGGGAUUCGCUCCGUUAACGGCCAGGGGAAGUCAGCAGUACCGAGCGCUCACCGUCCCCGAGCUCACCCAGCAGAUGUUCGACGCCAGGAACAUGAUGGCGGCCUGCGACCCUCGCCAUGGACGCUACCUGACGGUGGCCACUGUGUUCCGCGGACCCAUGUCCAUGAAGGAGGUGGACGAGCAGAUGCUGAACGUCCAGAACAAGAACAGCAGCUACUUCGUGGAGUGGAUCCCCAACAACGUGAAGGUGGCGGUCUGCGACAUCGCUCCCCGCGGGCUCAAGAUGGCCGCCACCUUCAUCGGAAACAGCACCGCCAUCCAGGAGCUGUUCAAGCGCAUCUCGGAGCAGUUCUCGGCCAUGUUCCGCAGAAAGGCCUUCCUGCACUGGUUCACGGGCGAAGGAAUGGACGAGAUGGAGUUCACGGAGGCGGAGAGCAACAUGAACGACCUGGUGUCGGAGUACCAGCAGUACCAGGACGCCACCGCCAACGACGGAGAUGACAACUUUGAGGACGAGGACGAUGAGAUCAACGAAUGCUGGGAUGCCGACAGACAGCACGAUGAGCCAAUCAGAGAGCAGGACCACGGCUUCACACCAAUCGAAUGAAGGCAGAGGCGGGGCUAUGGAAAAGGAAUAACAAACAUGUCUGAUUUUUGAGUUGUUUUUUUUUUAAAUUAAUCUCUGUGGUUAACAUUAAAGGAUAUUUU